AUGGGACGCACUCUUCCUGUUCCUGUUCCCUGCAAGGUGUGCGGGGACCGCUCGUACGGCAAGCACUACGGUGUGUAUUGCUGCGACGGUUGUAGCUGCUUCUUCAAGCGAAGCAUUCGGCGCGGCAUUGUGUACACCUGCAUCGCUGGAAACGGAAACUGCGUUAUCGACAAGGCCCGCCGUAAUUGGUGUCCCUACUGCAGGCUCCAAAAGUGCUUCGGAGUGAGCAUGAACAGAAACGCCGUACAAGAAGAACGAGGCCCGCGCAAGAACAAGAACCGGCCCAAAACCACCACCGAGACAUCGAGCACAACGUCGCGGUCCCUUCGGGCAUCGUCCACUCCCGCACGGGCGCCAUCCAGGGCUCAGCACGCUCUCUUGGGCUCGAUGGCAACGACGGUACCAACGGCGCCACCCACUUUCUCGCUGGCUGUUCCGUCAACGGCGUCUGCGACAGAGCCCUGCUCGAUCGGACCGGGAUCGUCGAUGAACGCUCAAACGUUUCCGAGACCUCCAUUCUACCCACCGCCACCACUGCCGCACCUGGUCGCCGCCGGACAGUCCAUGUUCGCCUCCGCUAGGUUCCUGGCCGGACUGGAGCUCAGCUGCACCACCAGCAGCGCCUUCAGACGGGUCGUGCCGCACAAGGUCUUCGCGGAAACGGAGGGCCUUGUGCUGCAACGCAAGGAAGAGUUACUGGGCGACAUGGCCGCCCAAGUGCUCCUGGUGGCCCUGCGGAGAGCCCGAGCCAACGAGCUGUUUCGUACCCUGCCUGCGACAGACCAGGUCGCCAUCUUGGACGAGGCCUGGGGCGAGCUCUUCCUCCUCCAAGCCGCUCACUGGCCCGUCGAUUUGCUCGCACUGCUCAAGAACCUCACCACCGCCCUCAAGGUAACCCUGCGACAAGUGCAACAGGCUAUUGCGCAGUGCCAGGAGCUUGCGUUGGAUCCCGUCGAGAGGACGCUAUUGGAGACCAUUCUACUGUGCAGGAAAGAUUGCAGGCGAGACCUGUCCGCAUCGGUGCAAGUGGAGGCACUCCUGGAGCAGUCCCAGCUUGCACUGAACCAGUACAUGGCACAGGCACGGCCCCACAGCCCGGCCAAGUUCGGCAAGACACUUCUGGUUCUGCCCGUGCUCCGCGCUGUGCCGCAGGCCUGUCUUCAGGAACUCUUCCUGCGUCGCACGCUGGCUACGUUUCCGCUUCGUCAUUUCCUCGGCUGCGCCUGA